AUGUGGUUGAACGUAUUGAAAAGCAGAGUGAGUGAAAAGAGUAGUUAACUAGGAAAGAGCAUGUUAAGAUAGAGCAUGUUUAUGGGAAUGUAUCCAUCUGCAUCCUUUGCAAAGUUCGAUAGAAGCAAGCCUCAUCUCAAUGUGGGAACAAUAGGUAACACACCCUUCACUUUACCACUUUUAUUUAUAUUUAAUAAUAAUAAAAUAGGCCACAUCGAUCACGGUAAAACCACUUUGACAGCAGCCAUUACUAAAUAUCUUGCAACCAAAGGUAGUGCCGAAUUCAAGGAUUAUCAUGAUAUCGAUAAGGCACCAGAAGAAAAAGCUAGAGGUAUUACAAUUAACGCUACAACUAUCGAAUAUGAGUCAUAAAAUAGACAUUAUGGUCAUGUAGAUUGCCCAGGUCACGCAGAUUACGUUAAGAAUAUGAUUACUGGUGCAGCUAGAAUGGAUGGUGGUAUAUUGGUCGUUUCAGCAGCUGAUGGCGCCAUGCCUCAAACUAGAGAACACAUUCUAUUGUGCAGACAAGUCGGUGUUAAGAAUAUUAUUGUAUUCCUCAAUAAAUGUGAUGUCGUUACUGAUCCAGAAAUGCACGAGCUCGUAGAGUUGGAAAUCAGAGAACUUCUCAACAGCUAUUAAUACAAUGGUGAUACUACUCCAAUUAUCAAGGGAAGUGCUCUCUGUGCAUUGAACGGAACUGACCCAGAACUAGGAGAAAAAGCUAUGGAGUAACUUAUUGAAGCAUUAGACAAUAAUAUCGAUAUUCCAGAAAGAGAAAUGGACAAACCAUUCCUUAUGUCAAUUGAUAGCAGCGUUAACAUCCCAGGUAGAGGUACUGUAGUUACUGGAACUAUCGAGCAUGGUAGAUGCAAAAUCAAUGAUAACGUCGAAAUGAUUGGUAUUAGGAGAAAGCCAUAGCAAACCACUAUUACAGGUAUUGAAACCUUCAAUAAACAAUUGGACUUUGGUGAGUCAGGAGAUAAUGUUGGAGUCCUAUUAAGAGGUGUGACAAAGGAGCAAGUUAAAAGAGGUAUGUGUCUUUCCAAGCCAGGCUCAAUGGAUGUCAGAAGAAACUUUCAAGCACAAUUAUAUAUCUUGAAGCCAGACGAGGGUGGAAGAUCAAAGCCAUUCUUCACUGGAUAUAGACCAUAAUGCUUCUUAAGAACUGCUGAUGUAGCAGUCGAUGUAACUCUACCCGAAGGAAUGCAAAUGGCUCUCCCAGGUGAUAACUUCACUUGCACCAUGAAGCUUAAUUACCCACUCCCACUCUAAGAUAUGCUUAGAUUUGCUCUUAGAGAGGGUGGUAAGACUGUUGCUGCUGGUGUUAUUACAAAGUGCUUAGAAGAUUCCGAGGAAGAUCUUAAGGAAGAAGAAGAGAGAGCUGCCAAAAACAAAAAGGCCAAAUGA